UUGAAAAAGAUGUUGUGCUUCGUGCAAAGGUAUCCGUCGAAUUCGCAUUUUGCGUCAAACGAAGACAAUCUGACGCCAAAUGACGCCGGCGGAGGAGGAGGCGGCGUCAAACAGCCGCAGCCGAACAACAUUGGCGGAUCGCUCCGUUUGAAAGAGAUCGCCAAGGAAAAGUUCUUGAGGAAAACAAAAUCUGCGAACGGUUUCGCCUCCAGCAACAACCUCUCGAUCCCCCAAAACCAAACCCAAUCUCAGUCUCUCCAACAGUCGUCUGGGGGUACCCAGAAUGGAGGCCCCAUACGAUCGGCCCCUUCGACGCCGCUCUGCACCCCCUCAACGGUCGACAGUGGCGUGCCCAUCAUUACGAUGUCGUCGAGAUCGAGUUCAGGGACGAACACCACCACCGGCGGCGGAAGGCUUUCGCAGAAUCUGGCCCAGAGCAAUAGUAUCGGCGGCGUCUCCGCCAGCGUUUCGAGGAGCCCCAGUCAUUCUAGUUCGAGGUCGAAUGAUAGGUAAGGGAUAGAUAAU